AUGCCCAUCACCACCGUGGGCGUUGGAGCGGCAGUCACGCCCACCGUCGUCAAGACCUAUAUUUCUCAUUAUGCCAACCGGAAAUCGCGGCGAGAGAAGCCCACCGCUCACAUCCGUUACGAUGAAGGGCUGCACCUCAUCCGGUCGUUUCUAGAGUAUGCCUCACACCAUACCGUCGAGGACCUGCAGGCCUUUACAGCUCAAUGGGUACCUAGCCCAUCCUGGGUGCGCACGGAGAAUGUCAUUAUUCCAUCUGUGCACAUGACCAAAGCGGCCGAAACGAUCAUUGCACACUUAGGUCCGCAAGGGGUUGAGCAAGUGGGAGGGAAAAACUGGUGGCAGUGGCGGCCCAAGGACAAUGACUUGAAGGCAGAAUGGAUCGAGAUGAGGGCGCACUACAACGAGCAGAAGAAGAAAGGUGACAGGAGCCGACGGAUCAUGCUCUAUAUCCAUGGAGGUGCAUAUUUCUUUGGCAGCGUCGACGAGCACCGGUACCAGAUGCAAAGACAUGCUCGCAAGCUCAAAGCACGGGUCUUCGCUCCCAGGUACAGGCUUGCACCGCAAUUCCCCUUCCCAUGUGCCUUGCAGGACUGUCUGGCUGCAUAUCUGUACCUCCUGAGCAUCCACGACCCAAGUGAAAUUAUCCUCGCCGGUGAUUCAGCAGGUGGAGGCAUGGUCGUGUCCAUCCUGUGCAUGCUCCGAGAUCGAUCCAUGCCACUGCCAGCCGGCGCAAUCCUGAUAUCUCCUUGGGUCGACCUGACCCAUUCCUUCCCCAGCUUGGUGGGGGAUAAUAGCUUCGACUAUAUUCCCGCCCAUGGCUUUAUGCAAAAGCCGUCUCAGUUUUGGCCUCCGCCGACGGAGGACGAAAUGGAAAUCAUUGAAAAGGCCGCCAGGGGCAAUGCAAACUCCAAGGCAUCACAAAAAUCGCGCCCGAUAUCUACUUUUGCCAAGCAGAAACCAUCUCGCGGUUCGGAAGACCAGAGCAAAGAACCUUUCCCGGCUCUAGAAAUGCAAGCUGCGGCUGCGAAGCAGAUUCCUCGACGUCAUCUGACAAUCGAACUUGAAGGGAAACAAGUCACGCUGAAGGAGCAGAUCCAGAUGUACACGACAAAUCAGCUCCUCACACAUCCAUUGGUCUCUCCGGUCUUGCAACCAUCCCUGGGCGGACUCCCUCCGCUUCUGAUUCUCACGGGAGGUGGUGAGGUUCUUCGCGACGAACAAAUUUAUCUAGCACACAAAGCGGCGAACCCUUUGAAAUAUCCCUUGGGUAAAACACAUAGGUCACUGUACGAUCCGAACGAUACUAUGCUCAACAAACACAAGCCCACACCAGUGCAAUUACAAGUAUGGGAAGAUCUCUGCCAUGUUGCACCGACUCUGUCCUUCACCAGACCAGCAAAAUAUAUGUAUAGAUCGAUAGCUCAAUUCGGCGCAUGGGCUUUGGCCAGAGCGCAAAGACGGGCGAUCGAAAUCGUGGAUGAUGACAACAUCUCGAUCAUCUCCUCCGGAGCUUACAGCGAAUCAGAAGGAAUCGAGUCCUCGACGGAUAGCCUGACGAAGCAGAAAUUGGACCUCAACACCGCCACUGGGAGCGUCGGCAGAGCCGGUGAUGCACUUCCAGUCUUUGAGAACAACAUGAUUCGGGAACGCAUUGACCGAUCUGGGAGGUUGUAUCGUCUGGCGGAAGCGUCAGACUUACCCGCGUUGCAGCUGAGUCCGGAUGAAGUGGGGGCCGUCAAACCCGGACCGGUGCAGAAGUGGCUCCAAGCCCGCAAGAUCUGGGACGACAAGUACGCCACCACGAGGAGGAAAAUACAGAAAGAGCGCAUUAGGCUAUUCGCAAGCAACGAAUUACGGCCGGGUGAGAUUGGAGAACAUCCUCCCCCGAGUUCACUCGCUGCGAGAAGAACAGAGAAAGCACCAGCCACCAUGAAACAGCAGAAGAGUUAUGGUCUCGCCAUGUGGAGUGGCUGGGGCAGUAGGCAUGAUGCAGCAACACUCCGACGAGAAGAGGAAGCGGUCGAAAUGGAGAAUGCAGAAGAGAAAGAAGCCCAGCCUGUCGGUCUCGGUGUUCCAGAAUUACCAGCCCCCAUGCGCAAGGGGAAUUCUGAGAUCACCCCGGCCCACGCAGCCCCGCCCCUCACGACGACUCGGCAUCAAAGCGGUUCCCGCCACCGUAGCGCAAGUGGACGCCGGAGGAAGACAUUUGAUUCCAAACCCCAAGCUGGCCGUCGACGAACGGUCACCGUCACGGAUGCCGGUCAAACCGAGGGGAUGGAUUUUGAUCCGCCGCCAAUUCCCGCCAUUGUAGCUGCCGACUCGGAACUACAACAACAACAACAACAAGGGGCCAAAUCCCCAGACCUUGCCUCCUCUUCAACAUCGGCGAUGCCACCACCGACAAUCACGACACAGUCACCCGCCGACUCGGCCGUGGAAUCACCCGAGACCGGCCUGCUCUCAGCAGGAUUCAUCCCCAAAUUCAAGACCGCAUCGCACCUCCGGGAUGAUUCAACCAGCACGGGGCCCGCGUCUGAGGCCGCAAGCAUCAUGACCGGACGCAGUAGAAUUGUCCCAGACGACGCAUCGACUUGUGCGGUCUUCGCCGCUCCAGGGGUCAUUGGCUUGAACGGUCAAGGCCUUGCAGACGGCGCGGACGACAGGUCACUAGCACCAACGACCAGACCAGGCAGCCCGUUGGCCAACGAAACCAGGAGCGUGUUCUCUGACUUCGACAGCCCCCUGCCCGAUAACGUCGAUGGUGGACCCUCGUCGCCGACGACAGCCUCGCGUCACGGCAACGCAGGGAACGAUUCGCCCCGGAGUCAAAGGAGUCUAGAGAGGCUGCAGAGCCACCAGCAAGACGAAGGAAUGGGCCGAAUGCACCCGUUGCGAAGCACGAGCACCACCGCUGUGGUCCGCAUGGAGGGCAUCUCCAGCCUCGUCGAGGGGAGCCCGAGUAAGGAGAGCGAUGGCGCCGCCGAACAGGAUGAUGCCAGCAGUGAUGGCGUGGGCGUUCCCAACGGCAAACUUCCGGAUCAGGGACAGGAACACGGUCCGGAAACCCCCAAAGCAGACGUCCCAGCGAAGCAGCCCCUGGGUUUUGGAGCCGAGGCCCAGACCGAGAAGCAGACUGAGACUGCUGCCGCUACGAUCCCGGCGGAAACGCAGGCAAUUCCAGACCGACCAAAGCUCUAUGGUCGCACAGACACGCAGUUCGAGACCGCGAUGGAGAAGCCGUGA